AUGAAAAACGAAAAAACCACCAACCAACUAGAGCAAUUAAACUCCGAAAAUCCCAAUUUAUUGCUUAACCAAACCCAAUUAGAACAAAUUAUUGCUGACCCAGACCAAGCUUUAACCACGAUUAAUAAUUUAUUAGAAAUAAUUAAUAAUCAAUCAGCCCAAAUCCAGCAGCAAAAAAGCACAAUUGAUAACUAUCAAGCCCAAACCCAAGCAACUUAUCACAAAAUCAGUCGCCGCAGUUCGCAAAUCUCCCUCCAAGAAACCCCCACUUUUCCGGAUAUUACUCCCCGCCGGGGUUCCUCGCCGAACAAUUAUAACCUUUUGUCGCCCGCUUUUCCUUCGCCCCUGGCUCCUUAUUCCUCACCGAGCCUUAAUUCUUCCCCCUCGCCCAGCCAUUUAACCUUUUCACCAACCUUGCCUAAUUUCCAAGAUAUCGGCGAUAACCAAGAAAUUUUAAUCAAAGAUUUAGAAAUUGAAGCCAAAGAAAGCAAUGAUGAUUUUUUUCAAGAGUGUGGAAAAAGUAGCCAGUUAAAUGAGCUUUUAAAUGAAGAAAGAUUGAGUCGGCAAAAGUUAGAGCAAAAAUUACUCCGGGAAGUUGAAGAAAAUCUCCGUUUAAAAACUAGCCAAGACCAAAUCAACCUCACCCUGUUAGCCAAAAUUGACGAAUUAAACCAAAUAAAAAAAUUAGGCCAAGAGGAAAAAGAGCAGUUUCAAAAAAUAAUCACCGAGCAAGAGCAGAAAUACAAAGAAGAAAAAAUCCAACGCGAGCAAGCCUUUCACCAAACCUUAAAUAAUUUAAGAACUUUUCAAACGGACACUAUUCCUCUCACUAGGCAUCAUUCUUAUGGUCAUAAAUCUACUUUAAGCACGAGCAGCUUGCCCGUUAGUCAAAACAAUUCGCCCCGCACUUCUACUUACGGAAAAAACGAAGAAAGGAAAGUCGACACCAGUCUUUUUUUAGAAUUAGCCCAAACUACUAAACAAAGCGGCGAAAGCAAAGGGGGAUUUUUUAAAAACGAAAUGGUGAGUUCACCCACAACAGAGAGCGUAAUUAACCCUACCGAGCAAGUUUCCAAAAGAGAAAGUAAAAGGCAUUCCAACUCGCCCCUGUUUAACUACUUACCAGCCAUGGAAGACAACUCAAAUACUGAUGAAAUAGUGCAAGAAUUAUUCAAAGACAUUAAUAAUUUUGAAAUCGAAACUACCGAAAAAAUCAACCAACUGAGUAAACAAGAACUCCUUGUCGAGAACGAAGAAUUAAGAACUAACCAACUCCAAUUAGAAAAGGCUUGA